CGGCGGAGGAGGAGCCCUGGCCGCGGCGGAUCCUCCGGAACACCAAGGGGACCCGCUGCUUUUCGGCUGGAGCGUGCGUCCCCGGCUGGGAAGGAAGGAGGCGCCAUGGGCAACUGCCACACGGUGGGGCCCAACGAGGCCCUCGUCGUCUCCGGAGGGUGCUGUGGCUCCGAUAACAAGCAGUACAUCUAUGGCGGCUGGGCCUGGGCCUGGUGGUGCAUCUCCGACACCCAGAGACUGUCUUUGGAGGUUAUGACCAUCCUUUGUCGCUGUGAGAAUAUUGAGACGUCGGAGGGGGUCCCACUGUACGUAACGGGGGUCGCACAGGUGAAGAUCAUGACGGAGAAGGAGCUCCUGGCGGUGGCAUGCGAGCAGUUCCUGGGCAAGAACGUGCAAGACAUCAAGAACGUGGUCCUUCAGACGCUGGAGGGGCACCUCCGCUCCAUCUUAGGGACCUUGACGGUGGAGCAGAUCUACCAGGACCGGGACCAGUUUGCCAAACUGGUGCGGGAGGUGGCGGCUCCAGACGUGGGGCGGAUGGGCAUUGAGAUCCUCAGCUUCACCAUCAAGGACGUCUAUGACAAAGUCAGCUACCUGAGUUCGCUGGGGAAGACCCAGACGGCAAUCGUCCAGCGGGACGCGGACAUUGGGGUGGCCGAGGCAGAGCGGGACGCCGGCAUCCGGGAGGCCGAGUGCAAGAAGGAAAUGCUGGACAUCAAGUUCAUGGCCGACACCAAAGUGGCCAACUCGAAGCGCGCCUUUGAAAUGCAGAAGGCCGCCUUCAGCCAAGAGAUCAACGUCAAGACGGCAGAGGCCCAGCUGGCCUAUGAGUUGCAGGGAGCCAAAGAGCAGCAGAAGAUCCGCCAGGAGGAGAUCGAGAUCGAGGUGGUCCAGCGCCGGAAGCAGAUCGACGUGGAGGAGAAGGAGAUCAUCCGCACCGACAAGGAGCUCAUGGCCACCGUCAAGUUGCCCGCCGAAGCCGAGGCCCACCGCAUGCAGCAGAUCGCGGAAGGAGAAAAGGUGAAGCAAGUGCUGAUUGCUCGGGCCGAGGGGGAGAAGAUCCGCAAGAUUGGGGAGGCCGAGGCCCUGGUCAUUGAGGCCAUCGGGAAAGCGGAGGCCGAGAAGAUGAAGCUGAAGGCCGAGGCCUACCAGCAGUACGGGGAGGCGGCCAAGAUCGCCAUGGUGCUGGAUGCCCUGCCCCAGAUUGCGGCCAAGGUCUCUGCCCCUCUCUCCAAAGUGGACGAGAUCGUCAUCCUGAGCGGGGAGAACCACAAACUGACCUCCGACUUGAACCGGCUCCUGGCGGAGGUGCCCGUCUCGGUGCAUGCCCUCACCGGGGUGGACCUCUCCAAGAUCCCGCUCAUCCAGAAGGCCACCGGCGGCCAAGCCUGAGAGGAGAGAGAGGAGACCGGUCAGUGAAGACCAGCACCCCUUUCCCUCCCUUUCGGCUGACACCGGGAUCAAGACCAUCGGGCCGGGGUGGGGUGGUCGGGCCUACAUUCGGGUGCCUUAUAUCCCUCCGAGGAUCAGAACGUCCUUAACAUUUCCGAGGGGGGUUUCUUCCUCUUUCCGGGGGGUGGUCCACUCCCGCUCUGUCGCCGCUGCGCUCGCCAAGCCCCCUCUCUGUAUCUCUCGUCCGCGCGCUCGCAAACAAAGUCUGUGCCUUGAAUGACCUCUGUUAUAUACACACACAAAAUAGUUCCCUAUUUUUUGGGGGGGUGGGGGCUCUUCUUGUGCU